AUGGGCUCAGAGGAAGAUGAGAGAGGGCGAGAGGGAGGAAGGGCAGACGAUAGACAAGGAGAGGAGACGAAAAGAGAGACAAAAGGAAAAAAGGGAGUGUGUGAGCACGGGAGAAGCCGAUCACAAUGCAAAGAAUGUGGGGGGGGCAGCAUAUGCGAGCACGGGAGAAGGCGAUCAGGAUGCAAGGAAUGCGGGGGAGGCAGCAUAUGCGAGCACGGGAGAAGACGAUCACGUUGCAAGGCAUGCGGGGGAAGCAGCAUAUGCGAGCACGGGAGAAGACGAUCACAAUGCAAAAAAUGCGGGGGGGGCAGCAUAUGCGAGCACGGGAGAAGGCGAUCACGAUGCAAGGAAUGCGGGGGAGGCAGCAUAUGCGAUCACGGGAGAAGGCGAUCACAAUGCAUGGCAUGCGGGGGAGGCAGCAUAUGCGAGCACGGGAGAAGGCGAUCAGAUUGUAUGGCGUGCGGGGGAGGCAGCAUAUGCGAGCACGGGAGAAGGCGAUCACAAUGCAAGGAAUGCGGGGGAGGCAGCAUAUGCGAGCACGGGCGGCAGCGAUCAGGAUGCAAGGAAUGCAGGCAAGGCAGCAUAUGUGAGCACGGGCGGCAGCGAUCAGGAUGCAUGGCGUGCGGGGGAGGCAGCAUAUGCGAGCACGGGCAGCAGCGAUCAGGAUGCAUGGCGUGUGGGCGGAGCAGCAUAUGCGAGCACGGGAGAAGCCGAUCACAAUGCAAGGCAUGCGGGGGAGGCAGCAUAUGCGAGCACGGGCGGCAGCGAUCACAAUGCAAGGCAUGCGGGGGAGGCAGCAUAUGCGAGCACGGGAGAAUACGAUCAGGAUGCAAGGAAUGU